AUGUUGCAGGUCCUUAGAAGUCCCGAGCGUACAGCGCGUAGCGUUCCGCGCGCGCCUCAAAGUGCCAAUAGACAACUACAGUCGGGGCCCAAUAGGGCUGUUCAGCCGGGGCUGCAAGAUAAGCGCAAUGAGGCACCGCGACCUCGGUCCAGAGCAGGAGAAGGACCAGGGGCUUUAGCAGACAUGGCGGACACGCAGAGCCACAAGCCGGGCGUGAUCCGCAGCACUCGCGACUACCUCCCGACCCCCUCACCAGCAUCAGAGUCUCCAGAUGACCCUCAAGAUGCUCGCAACGAUCCUGAUGACAUCCACAAUGACUCACAAGAAGCUCGUAAUGACUCCGAAGAUGCACACGAUGAUUCCGAAGAUGUUCGCAACGACUCCGAAAAUAGCCGCAACGACUCCGAAGAUAGCCACAACGACUCCGAAAAUAGCCGCAAUGACUCUGAAAAUAGCCGCAAUGACUCUGAAAAUAGCCGCAAUGACUCCGAAGAUGCUCAACACGACUCUGAUGAUGCCCGCCAAUCACCAGUCUCCACUAUCUACGGAGACGAUGACUCUUCAACUGUAUCCACGACAAGGGUGAGGUCGGAGGAACCAAAAAGCCAAUGGACCAUUACAGACGGGGCCCUAUAG